GAUGAUUUUGUGUUUACAUUUUGCCGGCAAAUCGAAAACUGGAUUUAAAGGCCUUAAAUUAACCAUGAAUCUGUUCGAGGAGCUGGACACCUUGGACCCCUCCUUCAAAAUCGAGCCUCCCCGCAUCGAGACGCCCACGGCGCAUAAGAUAACCGUGCUGAUACUGCUCAAACAGUAUGUGAUUAACAAAAAGUCCUGUUUGGAUACUGGGAUAUCCAUGCGCACCCAGCGACGGCGCAUGUUCUAUAUGCUGGUAUUCAAACUCGUCCAAGAGCCGGAUAAGAGUUACAAUGAGCUACAUAGUUUGUUGACCACAGGGAAAUACAAACUGGAUACACUGAUGCUGGAAUCCUUUGAAAAAGCCAUGUCCGAGUUUUGUGCGGGCAGCAUUGAGGCUUUGUUUGACUUCACGGAGAUCCAGAACAUCGACGAGAUCCUGAACGAAAACUACGGCAUCAGCCAGUUCAGCAUGGUGGGCGUCUAUGUGCGCAGAGUGGGCGUGGUGUUGGAGCGCCUCAGCUUCCCUGAGAUGAUGGAUAUGUACAAGAACAUAUGCUCUUAUUACGAGAGAGGAGUUCGAGCUGCUGCCUCUGGUUCCAGAAUGGCCGUAGCCGGAGGUAUUCUGCACAGGGAGGAGACUCCUCCUCCCAGUUCCAUAACAGAAAAACCUGCGGAUCCGGAAACUAAGAAAAAAGUGGAGGUCAUAGCUCGUAUUGCUCAAGAACGCAAUCCCCUGAGCAAAUGGGCGCCCAAACAGGCCAAGUUCUUCAUCAACAAACAGUCGGAACUGCUGGAGAACAACGAACGUAAGGCUUUGCCGCCCUUGGAACUCCAAAAGAAGGUGCAGGAGAUCAUACACGACCUCCCACUCAUAACUACACCCUAUUUCCUUGGCUACAUGAAUCAGUUGAGAGUUAGGGAUUACUACAAUGCUCUAUCUGCGCUUCACAGAGCAUUGGACAGGAGCCCCGUGCGGCUGAUGAGCCAGGAGAAGGGCUACCAGUAUUUUUGCGUCAAUCUGGCGGUGCUACAUGCCACCUUUGGUCAUCGGGAUGAAGCGCUAGCAGCGCUCAGGGAAAGCAUAAUGCUGGCCCAGGAGCACGGCGACAAGAGGAGCCUCAACCUUGCCAAUACUUGGUACUGCUUGCUCAGGGAUGAGCUUCCUUUGUCCGCUGUUCAAAAGAGCGUGCAAGAUGCCAACGAAGUGGAUGGAUCCCUGCUGCAGAACUACACCUUAGCCCUGCAUUUUGCUGUUAAACUAGGAACAGUGGCUGGCUACCAACCACUAAGGCUCUUUGAUCUCCUGCAGCACAGCGACAAUCUCACUAAUCGCAACAACUUUGCCGACCACGCAUCAGAGGCUCUGGCUUUGAGGAGUGCCGUUUGGUCUGCUUACGGAAGGCAUGAGCUAGCUGCUUUGUACGGCCAAGUGUUAUUGGCAGCCAGAGACAGGUUCGGCAGUGGAUCGGCCAGCUUGGGAAGCGCUUUGGCCAGUUACGCCCUGUGGCUUCAGUUGCAGGGAGAGCCCCAACUAUCCAAAGUACUCCUGCAUCAUGCUAAAGAGCGUUUUCCGCGAUUGCCCAGCGCCGAGGGUUGGAUGAUUAGCCAGUGCCAUGUGGUCAUUCAGGCGGGAAUCUACCAGUGUCGCUGGCAUGAUGCUUUGAAAGCUUGCGAUCAGCUUUAUUUGCUCGAUCCUUCCGACUCCAUAUUCCAACGUGCUUCCAUAUACGUGGCCAAGCGCGAGUUUUUCAAUGCCAGGCGCCUACUGGACAAGCUGGCCUUGCAGGAUAACUUACCCUUCCUUCUGAGAAUGAGGGUACAAGUUCUGCUUGGUUAUUGUGGCAUGGCGGAGGGUCGUUUCUCAAGUGCAACUACCAUGCUCUUGCUCCGUGUGGCCGAGGAAAUGUCCGAGUCUCAGAUGGAUUACGAAUUGGCCCUGGUGGAUCUGCUCUUGGCCCAGCAACUUUUGCUCCUCGGAAUGCCGCAGAAGGCCUAUCAGGCAAUUAAGCGCUGCAUGCACGACAUUCACAUCAAUGGUGGUCUAUAUGAACGGGCAAAAACGGAUUUCGUGUUUGUUCGCUGCCUCUUGGCCAUCAAUCAAAAUAAUGUGGAGGAACGAAAAGCACAGCUCCUCAAAUCUCUAGAGAUUCUCGAGCGUGCAGCCCAAUCAUUCAAGAAACUCUCCGCCCAUGCGAAAGUUUUGGAUGUGUAUGUGUUCCUUGCACAGCGAUUUAACGAAUUUGGAGAGCGGAAUUUAAGGAACAAGUACGCGGGCGAGUUCCGCCGGUAUUUUACGGAUCAUCCGAUUCCAAGGGAAUAUCUGGGAAGUCCUUAGUUUCAGUCUGUUGUUAAUCUCUAAAUAAACUUAUUCCUAC